GGUAUUUUCACAACUGAUCUCAACGCUCUGUUAAAAGAAUGCAGAAUAAUGUUGCUCUCCCUGCAGCUGUUACGCUCUGCGCACGCUCUCUCUGUCACACACAUUUGCUUCUUGUACCCUGGUAUUUCAUGGGCGAGACACUCAUAUCAUCACGUUGUCUGACUGCUUAUAUUGCCUAAGGUUUAUUUUCAAACUCUCAAAACGCGAGAAACUUUUGCCGUGGUCGGACGUCUCGUCGCCGUCGUCGUCGCGUGGUGGCUUCAGUUUCUUGAAUUUGAGAACUGUUAUUGUUUCUUUAGGCGCAGCAAAGGUGCGCUCAAGACGUACAAGUAGAAUAUUUGGCGACGCGGCGCCGCUGAAUAAAACACCUUUCACCAGUUCUCAAAAUUUGAAAUUAAAUGAAAGAAUCGCGUGUGUUUGACAAGAAGAAAUAGUGCGAAAAAUUUGCCAAUCAGAAGCCAAUACGAAAACUGUGAAUAACUUUUGUUUUUGCAUUUGGUCUUGUUUUUGCUUUUUGGCGGCGGCUGCUGUGUACGUAAAGCAUAAAACCGUUUCUCAUUAAAAUAAUAACAACAACAACAUUAACACAUAGUGUGUUGUGUGUGUGCGCGCGUGUGUGUGUGUGUGUGUCCGAGUGGCUGAGUGGCAAUUUUUUCAUCGUUAUUACUUCAUAACAGAGCGCAGCGCCCGCUGCUGUUCUCGGGCUCUCUCUCUCUCUCUCUCUUUCGUGAGCUGUGUGUAUAUCGCUCUCAGCAGCAGCCGAACCGGCAAGCAGCCGCUUCAUCACUGGAGGGUUGCAGCAGCAGCAGCAGCAGCCGCAGCACUCGCGGCCACAACAAAAAGGUAGCAGCAAAGCUUUGGCUAACCCUCGCUCGCUCUCACUUGCGCUCUGUCUAUGCUCACCCUCGCACAUAACCGCUUAGCCGCUAAAAGCCAGCGGAAUUUUAAUUAAGCUGCAACAGCGAAACCCGCAGAAUGCAGCAGGCGCAGGUGAAGCGUGCGGCAAUAACAGCGGCUGCCGUUAAUUGAGGCCAGGACCAGGACACGGUCAAAUGGCUUCAUUUGUAUGCAAAGAAAACUCAACCAAAACAACAACAACAACAACAACUAUUGAGAGAACCACUGAAGUUGAAAGCGAAACAAACUCAACUAAGGAAAUGCAGCACAGCGGCUAAGCCCUGAAGCUGAAAAGAAAACCUGAAGCGAAUCCACGCAUAAGAAUCGGGCAAAAGUAACUGAGGACAACAAAUAGCACAGAGAAGGGCAACAGGAUGAUGAGCGCAGGCGGCACCUACAUAUCGACGGCCAGCGUGGAGGUGCCACAGGCUCUGCAGGAUGGCGAGAAGUUCAUCAAAUGGGACGAUGAUUCGGGCAGUGGUACGCCGGUGACGAUGCGUGUGGAUGCCAAAGGAUUUUUUCUAUAUUGGGUCGAUCAAAACAAUGAGCUCGACAUACUGGAUAUUGCCACAAUACGCGAUGUGCGCACCGGACAGUAUGCCAAAAAGCCAAAGGACGCCAAGCUGCGCCAGAUUGUGACGAUGGGACCGCAGGACACGCUCGAAGAGAAGACCGUCACCAUUUGCCAUGGCUCUGAUUUUGUCAACAUGACAUUUGUCAACUUUUGCUGCACACGACGAGAUAUUGCCCAGAUCUGGACGGAUGGCCUCAUCAAGCUGGCCUAUAGUCUGUCGCAGCUGAACGGCUCGGCGAUUAUGUUCCUGCAGAAGGCGCACACAAAGCUCUGUCUGCAGGUGGACAAAAGCGGACGCAUCCCAGUGAAAAACAUCAUUAAACUUUUUGCGCAAAAUAAAGAGGAUCGGAAACGUGUCGAGAAGGCGCUGGACGUGACCGGCUUGCCAUCGGGAAAGGUCGAUAGCAUAUCGGUGUCGAAAUUUCAAUUUGAGGACUUUUAUAAUUUGUACAAAUAUCUGACGCAGCGUUCCGAGGUGGAACGUCUCUUCGACAGCAUCGUGGGUAACUCAAAGCGCAAAUGCAUGUCCAUAGCACAGCUGGUGGAGUUUCUCAACAAGACGCAACGCGAUCCACGCCUCAACGAGAUACUCUAUCCGUAUGCGAACAAUGCACGCGCCAAGGAGCUCAUACAGCAAUACGAGCCCAACAAGUUCAACGCACAAAAGGGCCAGCUUAGUUUGGAUGGCUUUUUGAGGUAUCUAAUGAGCGAUGAUAAUCCAAUAAUGGCGCCCAACAAGCUUGAUCUCUGCGAUGAUAUGGACCAGCCGAUGUCGCACUAUUUCAUCAACUCCUCGCACAACACCUACCUGACGGGCCAUCAGCUGACGGGCAAAUCGUCCGUGGAGAUAUACAGGCAAUGUCUGCUAGCUGGCUGCAGAUGCGUCGAGCUGGACUUUUGGAACGGACGCACCGAGGAGCCGGUCAUUGUGCACGGCUACACAUUUGUGCCCGAAAUUUUUGCCAAGGACGUGCUGGAGGCCAUCGCGGAAAGCGCAUUUAAAACAUCCGAAUUCCCUGUGAUACUGAGCUUCGAGAAUCACUGCAAUCCCAGGCAACAGGCCAAGAUUGCCAACUAUUGCCGCGAAAUCUUUGGCGAUAUGCUGCUGGAUAAGCCGCUCGAUUCGCAUCCGCUGGAGCCCAAUAUGGAUUUGCCGCCGCCAUCGAUGCUGCGUCGCAAGAUCAUUAUCAAGAACAAAAAGAAGCAUCAUCAUCAUCAUCACCAUCAUCACAAGAAGCCGAGCUCGUCAAUGGGCCAGGGCACACCUGGUGGCAGCAAUAAACUAACAACGGCCAACUCAGUUGACGCAGCGGCCAAGGCGGCAACGGCAGCGGCAGCAGCUGCCAAUGCGCAACAAGUGGCUGCCGCAGCGCAGGAAGACGGAGGAGGAGUAGGCGGAGGAGCAGCAGCAGGACGCACAAUGACAGGCGCCGCAAAUGGCGACAUUGUAAGCGGGGCUGGCGGAGGACAUGCGCCGCCAUUGCAACAAAUACGUCAGAGCUCGAAGGAUAGCACCGGCUCCUCGGACUCGGACAGCUCCAGCGACGAUGAAUCCCUGCCCAAUACAACGCCCAGUCUGCCCAGCGGCAAUGAGCCGCCGCCGGAGAAGGCCCAAAAGGAAACGGAGGCGGGCGCCGAGAUUUCAGCGCUGGUCAACUACGUGCAGCCCAUACACUUCAGCUCCUUUGAGAAUGCGGAGAAGAAGAAUCGCUGCUAUGAGAUGUCCUCGUUUGAUGAGAAGCAGGCGACAACUCUGCUCAAGGAGCGACCCAUUGAGUUUGUCAACUACAACAAGCAUCAGCUGUCCCGGGUUUAUCCGGCGGGCACACGCUUCGAUAGCUCCAAUUUUAUGCCGCAACUGUUCUGGAAUGCGGGCUGCCAGCUGGUGGCGCUGAACUUUCAGACCCUGGACCUGGCCAUGCAGCUGAAUCUGGGCAUCUUCGAGUACAACGCACGCUCGGGCUAUCUGCUGAAGCCGGAAUUCAUGCGACGCUCGGAUCGGCGACUCGAUCCGUUCGCCGAAAGCACCGUGGACGGCAUCAUUGCUGGCACCGUUUCCAUAACCGUACUCUCGGGCCAGUUCCUGACCGACAAGCGGGUCAACACCUUUGUCGAGGUGGACAUGUACGGCCUGCCGGCGGACACGGUACGCAAGAAGUUCCGCACCAAGACGGUGCGCGACAACGGCAUGAAUCCUGUCUACGACGAAGAACCGUUCGUGUUCAAGAAGGUGGUGCUGCCGGAGCUGGCCAGCAUACGCAUUGCGGCCUACGAGGAGGGCGGCAAGCUAAUUGGCCAUCGGGUGCUGCCCGUGAUCGGGCUCUGUCCGGGCUAUCGGCAUGUCAAUCUGCGCUCCGAAGUGGGCCAGCCCAUUGCGCUGGCCUCGCUCUUUCUGUGCGUUGUCGUCAAGGACUAUGUGCCCGACGAUCUCUCCAAUUUCGCCGAGGCUUUGGCCAAUCCCAUCAAAUACCAGAGCGAGCUCGAGAAGCGCGAUAUACAGCUCUCUGUGCUGACCGAUGAGACGGACGCUCUGGCCAAUGCCGACGAGGAUCUGUCCAAGUCAUUCGUUUUCGUCCAAGUAGGUGGCCAAAAGAAGGAGCUGCGCCCGGUGGAAUCGCUAGCCACCUCGCCGAAGCAUCGGGCGAGCAUUUCGAUAAUUGCCGCCACCAGCGUGGAGCUGCCAACGGAUCGCACCGAUGGCGGACGCAACGAUGACAGCGUCUCCAUUGUGGCGUCGGGCAUACAGCAUCAGCAUUCGCUGGAACAGUCGGUGAGCACGUCGAUUAGGCAGGUGGAGUCGUCGCAGUUCGAUGUGGACCUGGUGUUGGCCGAGCCGCUGGACAAGAUACUAGAGCACAAGUCGGUGCGCGAGAAGCGGCUCGAAAUGGAGAAGAAGCUCGAGUCGCUGCGCAAGAAGCACGACAAGGAGAAGCUCAAGAUCGCUGGCCAGAAGCUCAGCCCCCUCGAUGGCGGCAAGAAACCGAAGUUCACCAUAACCAACAAGCUGGUGAAGCGGCUGAGCAACAGGAGCCUUAAUUGUUUCUCUCCGUACAGCGAGCCGGGCGUCGAGGUGCCCGCCUGCCCCCUCGACCUGGGCGACAGCAGCGAGGAGAGCGCCGGCGCUGGCGAACUGGGCGACGAGGCCGCCUCCAGCAGCCUGGAGGGCACACAGGAGUCGCGUCUGCGCUACGCCUGCCGCGAGUACACCACACAGUAUCGGGAACUGCAGGAGAAGUACCACGAGGCCAUCUACUCGGCCGCCGAGAAGGUGCUCAAGAACUCGCAGACCAGUCAAAUGAAACAGCUGAAGGCCUCCCUGGACAAGGUCACCGGCGAGGUGAUGCAUCAGCUGCAGGAGGCGCGGCGCAACGAGGUCAAGAAUCUCGCCACGGUGCACAGAGAUCGCGACGAGCUGGUCAGAAUGAAACGCGAGGUGGCCAGCUCCGUCGUGGAGCGCGGCGUGGCGGAACGCGUGCGCCUCAAGCAGACCUUCGAGAAACGCACGGAUGAACUGCAGAAGCAGCACGAUGCCGUGCGCAAUGCGCUCGCCGACCAUCGCUCCAAGGCACGUCAAAUACUCGACAAGGAUGCGGAAUCUCGCAGCUGUGUCUCCAACAACGGCUUCCUGGUGCUCUUCCAUGGACCGCACCAUCAUGGCUGCUCGGCGGCAACGGCUGUUACCGGCGGCUCCGGCCCACUCUCUGGCAAUAAUCUCACACUCAACUUGGACGCUGGUGCAGUGGGCAGCGGUGGGGCUGGCCUGGCCAUAUCGCCAGCCAAGUCGCACAACAGCAUUACGGCGGAGAUGAAGACGUAAAAUGUGACAGGAUCGGAACGGAAAGAAUCGAAAGAUAGCUCGUGUUAUUCUUCAGUUUUCAGUAUUCGCGGCAGUUGUGUUAGGGAAAGAAAAGCAAAAAAGCAAAAAAACAAAAACAACAAGAAGUCUUCGUAGCGAUUAGUCUUAUAGAUCUAAAUAACUGUAACUGUAACUGUAGCUGUAACUGUAACUGUAACUGUAACUGUAACUGUAACUGUAACUGUAACCACGCGUAAAGGGAAACGCGUUUUCUAACUGAACAAACUAGCUAUAGUACUCGCGGGCAUGUACUAUGUCUAUCUAUUUGAAUAGCACAUGAACUCUAUGUCCAUGUGUGUGUAGUGUUAACUGUAAUAGGCGGUGUAUUUAUUGUGUAUGUGAAUGACUCAUAUGUUUAUCAAUAGAUGAUAUACUUACAAUUAUUCUAUCUCUAGACCGAACCUUACGGUUUCUUCCUAUUCGAACUACGCUGAAACUCUGAGUGUCUAAACCUUUAAGCAUAAACUAUAUAAUUUAUUUAACAAAAACAAAACCGUAGAUGAAAAAGAAAUUUAUAAACAGUUAGAAAUUUAUAACCUCACUUAACUUUGAGGUUAUGUGACGCAGUCAGCGAGAGAGAGAGAGAAAGACUCUCGCUCUCUUUCGUCUGGCGCGACGUCAUGUGCUCCAUUUCUACUAUUUAAUGUGGUUGUGUGUAUUACUUUUUAUAUCAAGAGUUUACUUUUACAUUAAUUAUUUAUAUACAAUAUAUAUAUAUAUAUACACAUAUAUUUAAUUUGUUGAAUGCUCUCGCACAAGAAUGUGACAAGAAUCUCGCGCAUUGUAGAACUUAGUGAAGAAGAAGCACAAGGCUAUGCCAACAUUUUAGUCAAUUUUCCUUUGGUUGGCUUCAUUUUUUUCUAGGCAUUAUACAACUAUUUAUUUAUGCUUGUUUUAGUCACUAAACUUACGACUUUUUUUUUAGUUUAGUAUCUACUCAAGGCUCUAAUAAAUAUUCGCUGUCGAGCUGUUUUUUUAUUUUAAGAGUCUCUUUUAUAUUGUUUUGUUCUCUUUAGAUUUAUGGGCACACUCUCCAACCUGACACACAUGCACAAGCACACGCACACACACACACACGCACACAGUCACACAGAUGACGCACAGCCUACAACACCAAAUACCAAAAUGGCGUACGCACAGUUUGAGCAGCACUGCGCCAAACUGUGCACGCUCUUAGCGACAAUCAAAAAAUGAAAAACAAGAAAAUCAAAUAUAAGCAAAACGUUUAAGUGUUGAACAACGUUCGAUUUUGUGUUAUUACCGAACUUGAUAUGAUUUUUAGGUAAACCCAAGCUGCCUUUUAACGAAAUCCAAAAUUUCAGCACUACGACACAAAACUCUUUACCGAAUAUAUAUGUAUGCAUACAUGUUAUGAGAAGAAAUCAAAACCAAACAAAAAUUAACAAUGCAAAUAGAUGAAAAUCUACAAGUUGAAAGUACAUUUCACUGGACGGCAAAACCACCUUAGAUGUUGUAAUUUCCUAUGCUAAAAUACUUUCCAAAGCUACUCGAGUAGACAAAUUUGAUGAAACCCCACGAUACCGCCCCACGACCCCGCCCAAAUUGAUGUUGUAAUUCGUGUCUGUUGUACGUAUCUAUGUAUGUAUAUCUAGCCUGUAACACUUGUAAGUCCAAUCCCCCAAAAAAAGCAAGCAAUACUCCAGUUCCCCAAACCCGCAAAAAAAAAAAAAAAAAAACAACUAGGUGAAUACAAUGUAUAAGUAUGUGUGUAUUUGUUUAUUCUUGCUGCAUAUUAGUCAUGUCUAUGUGUCUAUGUGUCUAUAUUGGUGUCUAUGAUAAAAAUCCACGCGUUCACGCGCACGCUGCGUGCGCUUUCACGAAACUGCGUGGAACUGCAAGAUUGGCUACAGAACUUUCUAUAUGUGUAUGUUAUAUGUAUGUGUGUUGCAAUCUAAUUGGCCCACAGAUUCAAAUAGUAGAGCUCCAAUUGGACUCCGAUUGGAUAUUAUAGGCUACAAAUUAAUCAAUUCAAAUAGUUCUUUUUUUUUUUUGGUGUUGUAUGUACAAAAUGUCCAUAAGCAUAAAUUACUCUGUAUCUGUGUGUUGUUGUUGUUGUUGUCGUUGUUGUUGUUGUUGUUGUUGUUGUUGCAGUUGCAACGCUUUUUGUCGAAAGAUUUUCAUUUGCUUUUCACGUUGAGUGCAAUUGCAUGCGCCCAUUUUCCGUUCGAGCCAGGCUUUAAUCCACAUUUGUUGUUGUGCGUUUCGUAAAAAUAAGUUAGUAGAGAAACCAAAUGAAAUAUUAACUGAAAGCAAAAAAGGUGUUAAACACCACAAAGCAAAGAGAGAAGAAAAUAACAUGAAAUUUAGGCCGCAAAAAAUAUAUUAAAAAUUAAAUGUUAUUAUUGGACGAUUAUUGGUGGGACGAUUCCCCCAAGAGUAUUAAACACAUAAAUACACAAAAAAAAAAAAAAAAAAAAACCUAGCUAAUUAAAUGUUUAGACCAGAUCGUAGCGCAUACCCCACAUAUUGUUAACAUCUGGAAACACUUACAGUUUUAAAAGCGAUCUCUAAAUGUCGAGCAGAAUUUAAUAAAGUUAAAAUGCAUAUUACAA